AUGAGGGUGAGGGUGAGGGUGAGGAUGAUUACAAGAAGAAGUGGGAAUCUUUACUACGGGGACAUGCAUCACAACGCAGGAUCCGACUCAAUAAACAUGACAGGCACGAUGCCUAGGCUGGCGCAUGUUCUUCCAUACGCGACAUUCACACAUGUUCCAACCAUUUUCAGAAACCUCACGAUGAACGCCUAUAACAGAUCUAGAAAAGACGGCGGUUAA